AAGUACAUAAUAUUAGGCAUUUUAUUGAGGAUGGGUUCUAGGUUCCUUGUGUUGGUUCUUAUUUUCCUUGUUCUUGGUGUUGGUAACGCUAGGAAACUUAUUGUGAGUGAAAAGGGUGCCUUCGAGCAGGAGAAAACUUUCUUCCCCUUCAUCCCUUUUCGUGGUUGGGGAAAAGGAUGGGUUUCUGGUACUGUUGGUGGCUUGGGUGGUGAAGGGGGUGGGUUUGGAGGCGGAAGUGGGGGUGGGUUUGGAGGCGGGAGUGGGGUUGGAGGCGGGAGUGGGGUUGGCGGCGGUGGCGGUGGCGGCGGCGGCGGCGGCGGUGGUGGAGGAGGAGGAGUUGGCGGGGGAUAUGGUUUUGGGGGUGGCUCCGGAUUUGGAAGUGGGUUUGAGGGUGGAAAUGGUGUGGGGUUUGGAGGUGGAGGUGGUAUGGGUUUUGGUGGGGGUGGUGGCGAUUUUGGAGAGGGUGGGGGAUUUGGUGCAGGCUAUGGUGGAGGGUUUGGAGGUUGGCAGCCUUGACUUCAAGUUCUGCUUCCCCACAAAUUCUAGCAUAUAGAAUGUAGACAUUAAUAGCUUGCUCAUUGCUGAUGCACCCCUUCUGCACCAUCUAGAUCAACUGUAAUAGCACCAGUGAUAUAUAUUAAUAAUGGGGUAAUAAAUUUUCAUUAAAACU